UAAACCCUGAAUCGUUUUCCAAGCGAAGGUAGUAAGUAGUAGCUACCUUUAAACCCUAAUUUUUCUCUUCUUCUUUCUGUUAACAUCUUCAAAGCUUGAACCUAUUCUCAUGGCGGCAGAAACCGAAACCGAAAACGCCCACUCAAACACAGAGACAGUAACAAAAGCUGUUGAUUCUCUUCUCAAAUGGCGAACGUCCCGAUUAGAAACCGAAAAACCUAAACUCUUCGACCAAGACGAAGAAUUCGUCUACCUCGUACUAACCCUAAAGAAGAUUCCACAAAAUGGCCGCGUUAACCCUCACAAGGUACCAAUCCCUCAUUCUCUUCUCUCUGAAUCUUCCGAACUCUGUCUCAUCAUCGACGACAGAGCCAACAAGCCAGAACGUAUAACCAAAGACGAUGCUCAGAAGAAGAUUAAAUCGGAAUUGAUUCCUAUCUCGAAAGUUCUCAAGCUUUCGAAACUCGCUUCUGAUUACCGCCCGUUUGAGGCGAAGCGAAAGCUCUGCAACUCCUAUGAUUUAUUCUUUGCUGAAAAGACCAUUGUACCAUUGCUGCCACGUCUGCUUGGGAAGCAGUUUUUUAAGAAGAGGAAGGUUCCGGUGCAGAUUGAUUUGCAGAAGAAGAAUUGGAAGGAGCAGGUUGAAAAGGCUUGUUCUUCUGCUUUGAUGUUUUUGAGGACUGGUACUUGUAGUGUUCUUAGGGUUGCUAAGUUGAGUAUGGAGAGGGAUGAGAUUGUUGAAAAUGUGGUUGCUGCGAUGGACGGUGUUGUUGAGGUUUUUCCUAAGAAGUGGGGUGUUGUUAGGUCUUUUCAUGUUAAGCUGUUGGAUUCUGUUUCAUUGCCUGUUUAUCAGUCUGUUCCUGAUGUUAGGUUGAAAAUUGAGGGUGUUAAGGAUGUGGAGGAAGCUUUGGAGAAGAGCGAGAAGAAGAAGGUUCGUGAUGGGAAAAAAGGUGGGAAGAAGGGUGCGGCAAAAGGGAGGAUUCAUGAAAUUAAGUAUAUGGAUGGAAUGAGUGAGGAUGGAAUGAGUGAGGGUCAUGAUGAUGUUGAUGGUGAUGUUGAUAGUGAUGAUGUUGUUGUUGGUGGUGGUGAUAAGGUUGAUGAUGAGAAUGGUGAAAUUGAGAGUGGAGGAUUGGUUAAUAAGAAGAGAAAGAAAGGUGUUAAAGGGAAGAAAGGAGGGGAUUCUAGUGAAUUGGGAAGUGUGAAAUCAUUGAAGGAUUCUGCUAAGCGGAAGAAGAAAUUAUCAGUUGAGGAUGAGGGUUCAGACAAGAAGAAGAAGAAAGUGUCGGCUGUGAAAGCUAAAGAAGAAGGUUUGGUCAAUACGAGUGGAAAGAAGGAGGGGUCGGCCAAGAAGAAGAAAGAGGUGUUGGCUGUGAAAGCUGCCGAAGGAGAUUUGAUUAAGAAGGGUGAAAAGAAAUUACCGGUGAAGGAUGAGGGUUCGAACAAGAAGGAGAAAAAGGUGUUGGCUGUGAAAUCUCCAAAAGAAGGUUUGAUCAAGAAGGGUGAAAAGAGGUUAUCGGCCAAGGAUGAGGGUUCGGACAAGAAGAAGAAAAAGACAGGAAGGUCAGAGCGAAGGUAAAAGCUAAGAAAAGUAAGAAGGCCUAAUGAGCUAACUGCUGAUGCUGAAGAGUUUUUGUUGUUACAAUAUAUUGCUUGAUGUGGCUCUUUGCAAUCAAGUGUUGUUUUGCUUGAUGAGUUCACUGGCAGAUUUUGUUUUCUGGGAAUUUUAUUAUGCUGCUUAUUUGUUGUGUUUUGUUAUUUAGUAAUUUAAAUUUACUCUGUUUAAGCUUAAGAGUUGUUCUCCAUAGAGAUAAAAACAAAAUAUUUUUUCUCAUUUUUCAUUUAGGAGUGAUAUGAAAGUUUUCAAGGGAAUUAUUGGAGAAUGCCAGCAACAAUACAUCACAUUAAAUUUAUUAAUUUCCCUGCUUCUUUGUUGCA